AAAAAAGAAUUGAUAACAGUGGAAGAUCGGAUAAAUAAGAGACACACUCUGUCAAAGGAAAGACAUGAAGGAAGAAGGAGUACCAAAACCAACACAACACUGCCACCGGCGCGUGGGUCCAUUCUAACAUCACAUUCACAGCUUCUACCCAUUGAAAACACCCUAUCAACAAUAACCUCUGUUUCUUUCUUCCACCACCUUCUCUCUGAGAUUGCACAACAGCAACAGCAAGAAGAUGGGAAUUGCGGUGGCAAGUGUUGAUUUGUUGAGUGAAAAAGCAACCAUGAUGAGAGAGUCUCUGCAGAAUAGCCAGACAAUAACAGACAACGUUGUUUCAAUUCUUGGUUCCUUUGAUCACCGUCUCUCUGCGCUUGAAACCGCCAUGCGUCCCACUCAGAUUAGAACUCAUUCUAUUAGGAAAGCUCAUGAGAAUAUUGAUAGGACUUUGAAGGCUGCGGAGGUUGUAUUGGCUCACUUUGAUCAAUAUCGUCAGGCAGAGGGCAAAAUACUUAAAGGGCCACAUGAAGACCUGGAAAACUAUCUUGAAGCGAUUGAUAAGUUGAGAAGCAACAUUCAGUUUUUUGGCAGCAAGAAGGGUUUUAAGAGUAGUGAUGGUAUUGUUGGCCAUGCUAAUAAUUUGCUUGCUAAAGCUAUUUCUAAGCUAGAAGUUGAGUUUAAGCAGUUACUAUCAUCUUACAGGUUUGUAUUUUUGUGCUCAAUGUUGUUCUCUUUUGACUUUAUUCACGUUACCGUGAUAUUUUCUUUUAUUAUGUGUGAUUUCAGCAAACCUGUGGAACCUGAGCGCCUCUUUGAUUGCCUUCCUAACUCAAUGCGACCUUCGUCAGGGUCACCUGGCCAUGAGGGUGAUCCUAGUGGCAAGAAUCCUUCUAAUCACCAUUCUGAGUCUCACAACAAUAAUGCUGAUGCUGUUGUAUACACACCUCCUGCCCUUAUACCGCCAAGAAUUUUGCCACUGCUACAUGAUUUAGCUCAGCAAAUGGUUGAAGCUGGUCACCAACAACAGUUACUCAAAAUAUACAGGGAUGCCCGGUCUAAUGUAUUGGAAGAGAGCCUCCAAAAACUUGGAGUUGAGAAACUCAACAAAGAUGAUGUCCAAAAGCUGCAAUGGGAGAUUUUGGAAGCCAAAAUUGGAAACUGGAUCCAUUUCAUGCGUAUAGCAGUGAAAUUGCUGUUUGCUGGUGAGAGUAAAGUUUGCGAUCAGAUAUUUGAAGGCUUUGAUUCACUCACUGAACAGUGCUUUGCUGAGGUGACUACAAACAGUGUCUCUAUGCUACUUAGUUUUGGAGAAGCAAUUGCCAAAAGCAAGAGAUCCCCAGAAAAGUUAUUUGUACUUUUGGACAUGUAUGAAAUAAUGCAAGAGCUCCAUUCAGAGAUUGAAACACUUUUUAAAGGCAAAGCUUGCUCUGGAAUAAGAGAAGCUGCAACAGGUUUGACAAAACGACUUGCGCAAACAGCUCAGGAGACGUUUGGAGAUUUUGAAGAGGCAGUUGAGAAAGAUGCUACAAAAACUGCAGUUACAGAUGGAACUGUCCAUCCUUUGACAAGCUAUGUAAUUAACUAUGUGAAGUUUUUAUUUGACUACCGAUCCACCUUGAAGCAACUUUUUCAGGAAUUUGAAGGUGAUGAUUCUUCACAGCUAGCAUCUGUAACGAUGCGAAUAAUGCAAGCUUUGCAAACCAAUUUAGAUGGGAAAUCAAAGCAGUAUAAAGACCUUGCAUUGACACAUCUUUUUCUCAUGAACAAUAUUCAUUAUAUUGUCAGAUCAGUUCGGAGGUCUGAAGCCAAGGAUUUGCUGGGGGAUGAUUGGGUACAACGACAUAGGAGGAUUGUGCAGCAGCAUGCAAAUCAAUACAAAAGAAAUGCUUGGGCAAAGAUUCUUCAGUGCCUAUCUAUUCAGGGCCUUACCUCAUCAGGUGGUGGGAGUGGCACUGCUGGUGGUGAUGGUGGUGGAACUGGAAGCAGUAGUGGUGCUUCAAGAGCAAUUGUUAAAGACAGAUUUAAGUCAUUCAAUGUAAUGUUCGAGGAACUCCAUCAGAAACAAUCUCAAUGGACAGUUCCUGACACUGAGUUGCGAGAGUCUCUUAGGCUUGCAGUUGCUGAAGUCUUGUUGCCUGCCUAUAGAUCGUUUGUGAAACGCUUUGGGCCUCUAGUGGAGAGUGGAAAGAAUCCCCAGAAGUACAUCAAAUACACAGCAGAAGAUCUAGACCGAAUGUUGGGAGAAUUUUUUGAAGGGAAAAACAUGAGUGAAACCAAGCGGUAAAUGAAUUACUUAUAAGGAUAGGCAUAUUUUAACUUGUGCAUGAUGGUAUUUAGUGGUUAGUGCCUUUGUUGUGGAUUGUUUUCUUUUCCCACUUCAAUUGUAAUUCACCAGGUUGUAAUUGGUAGGUGAAUGUAUCUUCCUACCUCUAUAAGGAGGAUGAGGAGUUAUCAUUUGUCUUUUGUGUAUUGCAACAAAUGUAAUAAGAUGGUGAAUGACUUUGAUUCCUUAGAUUUUCUGUAUAGUUCAAUUGAUUUCCAGCGGGAGGUGUUAGUCUCCAAAACCAAUGUAUGUCUACUAACAGAAUCUCCAUUUACUGGAGCAUUGAUUUUUAGAAUUGUGUAUACAAGUGAUUGUAAUUAUAUGAAUGAAAUUUUAGUAGUCUUGAGGG